GACAGCACUGAGGGGAGGGGGGAAACCACUCUGUCACACCUACCCCACAGCCUCACUCAGCCUCAGUGGGGGACAGAACAGAUCUUGACGUUGAGGAUGCGUGUCUACGUGAGAGGAGCAUCCAGGCUGCACAGACAGAUACAUGCAAAGGACUACAAAUAAACAGAGAGAGAGAGAGAGAGAGAGAGACAGCAGAGGAAGCCCAGAGGGCAGGACAGCAGGAUUUCAGAGAGGACAGACCAGGGUGGAAGAGGCAACAUUUGCAGGGUGAUGCUUUUGGGGAAGGACCUGAUGAGAAGGAUCUAAACAGCAAAGCUAAAAAGCUGCAUUUUGGGUUUUUAUCUCCUCAUCUGCAAACAGACAUCCUCUGUGUCUCUAGCUUCCUGCAGAGAGAUCCCCCUACUGCUGCUGCUGCUGCUGCUGCUGCUGCUGGAGUGAGGGUUCACAGUCUCCGUGCUCCUGUGCACAGCACCACAACAGACUGCUUUGCUCCGUAGCCUGAGACCAUGAGCGAGGCGAAGAAAGGUGAGCUCGCCAUCCGGGAUAAAGCCAUCCUGCACCAACAGAGGCGUCUGAAGCAGGCCACCCAGUUCUCACACAAGGACUCUGCUGACCUCCUGCCCCUGGACGGGCUGAAGAGACUGGGCACGUCCAAAGACCUGCAACCUCACAGCAUCGUGCAGCGUCGUCUGCUGGAGGGAAACAUCACGCGGCUCAAGAGCGAGGCCCGGGACACCAGCGGCAGGGUCCGCUCCCCACUGGCCGACAACAAGGACGGGCCCGCCGACGUCGAGGAGAGGAGCGAGAGCACGGCCGACGACUCCACGGAGGAGAGGGAGUCUCUGGAGGAGAGCGAGAGGAGCCUACGGUCGGACGAGGAGGACGACAGCAGCGAGGCUGGAGCCAGACCGACGGCCGAGAAGAGCGAGGGCACGGAGAGGUCAACCCUCCUCACGGCUCUGGUGGUUCAGUGCAAGUGCUGCGAGACCGAAGUCAACGCAUCCAUCAACACCGGCAGCCAACACAACCACAUCUCCACCUCCUGCUGCCAGAGGCUGGGAUUGGUGCCCAUUCAGGACGGUUCACCCUGUGGUUUGAGCGGCUCAGUGACGGAUCUGCAGCUGCAGCUGGGCAGACAGACGGUCCAGUGUUCAGCUUAUGUCAAAGAGGAUGAGGCGUUUGAGCUGUGCCUGGGUCUUCAGACUCUGCUGGAACUCAAAUGCUGCUUGGACCUGAGCAGCCAGGUCCUGAAGCUGCAGGGAUGUGGCGAGGAGCUGCCCUUCCUGAACCCCUCCAUCGACAGCCAGUGCCAGCACGACACCAAUGAGAACCUGUGAGCCCCGACCUCGAACGGCGGCGAUCGCUUCCUCGAGUCCCGACCGGUCGCAGCAAUGUGGCACGAUGCCAUUUUAGUUUUUUGUCUGGACCAUCUGAUGACAGUGCCUCACGCUGCCCGAGCACGGACGAGCAUUCGCCGCCGCCGUCGUCCUUGAGUUUACAUCAUCGUGUUUGUCGAGUGGAGACAUUCACCAUGAUUAUCUCUUCUAUUGAUUUAGUCUAGUUCACAGAGCGGAUGAUGGCCUGCAGUUAUGAGCCGAUCCGACCUCUGUGAGUCUAAUCAUUCUUUGUUAUUCUAUGUAUUCAGACCGAUUCCUCGGCUGAGCUCAGGUGCACUGAUGCUCUCCAAAAGGGAAAAAAACCAUUAUAGUUAUUUAAAGUGGAAUUCAGUGGAAUAUUUUGUGAUUUGACUGUAAAAAAAAAAAACUUUUAAUCAAUGACAAACGUGUUAGUUGUAAAUCUUUCAGUUUAGAUGCUUUUAAAGGAAUAGUUUUACAUUUCGGGGAAUCAGCUUGUUUAUGAUAAGUCAGAUAUGAAGGUUGGUGCCACUUUCAAGAGUGUGCAGCUGCAGCCAUUUAGCUAACAACUGCAAAUAGAAGGAAACAGCUGGACUGACUCUGUCUCAUGGGAAAAAUGUAUUAUUAUGUUUUCAAAGUACCCUUGGAUAAGAAGGGCUGAAUUAAAUAGAAACAAAUACAUUAAGUUAAUUUGUGAGAUUGUUCACUAAUGAUCAUUCCUAAUAUCUGCAGACUGCAACCUUAUAUGUACAAGUUAUUCAUGAGAGUGGGUUCAAUCUCCUCAACAUCAACUUGACUGCAAAUAAGCGCAUAUUUCCUAAAAUGUCAAACUAUUCCUUAAAGACUUAACAUAAAAUACUCAUCUAUGCGGUGGCGGUACUCAGGAUGCCCUUUCCAGUGUGUUCAAGGGAUAUUUUGAGAAGUCUUGAGAAGUUAUUUGAAGUCUUGUGAAUCAGGCUACCUCCUCCUUGAGAAACAGGGACGGGUUCUCAUGUAGAAUUUUAAAAUAGACGAGUGAAAAAUACCAGAUUUCUGACGUACUUGUAUUCAGCUUAGCCCCUUUUUUCUUUUCCUAUCGAAGAGACUGAUGUGGUUACAUUUUCCACGAGCACACUUACAGUUUGUCAUGAUGGCGUAGACUCAACUGCAGUAUAGUUCUCUAAAAAAGACCUCCUGAUGAAAAUAGACUUCAGGCCAGCCGGACAAAGAUGUUUGAGUCAGACUCAGUUACAGGAAUAUCAAAACAUUCCAUCUGCAUGACUUUGUAAAGUUCUGCCUUUGUAUAAGUCUGCAUGUUUGUGUACUAGUCUGAUUGUGUCACGUUGAACGUCUGAAGGGGCUGGAUGUGUGUGUGUGCUUUCGUGUGCAUGUACCGCGUGUGUGUUAGGGGUCAAAAGCGAGGGGGGGUUUCCCGCCUCGUUGUUGCUCUGGUUUCACAUGAGGGGGGGAGAAAAAAAAUGGCCCUAUCUGCCCCGGCCGGUCCACCGAACUCCGGUAAGAACAAGCUGCCAAAAGCCGACUCCCGCUGCCUUCCCUCUCUGCCUCUUUCAGGAGAUUUUAAUCGCUCGGCUGUGCCAAGGCCCCUCUCCGAGCUCAUCUCUCUUUAUUCAACCUCCUUCAUGUACCUCCCACCUUUUUUGGCCGACGUCACUCAUCCGACACCUCAUGUUUUGCUGAUUUGCCCGGCCACAAGCAAAGGAGAAGUGCUCCCUCCACUACAGUGCCACCUGCCUCUCUCGUCUCUCUUUGUUUCCAUAGUGUGGCGACUGAAGAGCUGCCUCAGUCGUGCUUACAGGAGGACAUCAUGCUCUGCUCAGAUAACGCCUGAGCCGUGUCACGCUGCAGUUUCCAUCUAACCUCCUCUGACCAGGAGUUUGUCCACACGUAGAUUGACGAUGUUACGUUUCUCUUUGCUGUACUAGUGACCUUCCUACGCCAUGUGAGAGGAAUCGAUGUAUGACAGAAAUUUAUUUUUGGUGUUUCCCUUCUUCUGAACAGUAUUUUCUCUGCCUAAUAAAAUAUGUAUUCUGGCUA